GGGCUGCGGCGCGGAGGCUCGCCGCUGCCGCAGCCAUGGGCCGGGGGCGAUCGCGCCGCCUGUGACCCGGGGGCCGGGAUGCCGCGGCCCGAGCCCAUGCCCGGCUACGGGCAGCUGCUGCAGCGCGGCUACCAGAGCCUGGCGGGGGCGGUGCGGAGCUGCACGGACUGCGGCUGGGAGCUCUCCCGGCGGACCUGGGCCGAGAACGCGUCCCUCGCCUGGAGCGAGACCCUGCUCUGCCUGCUCUGUGCCAUCGGCUGGACCUUGCUGCGCAGGGCCGCCUCCGGCUGCCUCUUUCGGCCGUUCGGGGAGUGGUGUAACCUGCAGCCAAAAGAUGCUGCCAAGAUGCCCGAGAGCGCCUGGAAGCUGCUGUUCUACACGCUGUCCUGGUCAUACAGCGCCUACCUGCUCUUCUUCACUGAGUACCCCUUCUUCCACGACCCGCCCUCCGUCUUUUAUGGUUGGGAGAAGGGUAUGGAUGUACCCACCGACAUUGGCAUCGCCUACUUGCUGCAGGGCAGCUUCUACGGACACUCCAUCUAUGCCACUGUGUACAUGGACGCCUGGCGCAGGGACUCCAUAGUCAUGCUCAUCCACCACGUGGUGACACUGAUGCUCAUCGUCUUCUCCUACACGUUCAGGUUCCACAACGUGGGGAUUCUCGUGCUCUUCCUGCACGACAUCAGCGACGUGCAGCUGGAGUUCACCAAGCUCAACGUCUACUUCAAGCACCGGGGUGGGAUCUAUCACCGGCUCAACGACGUCAUCUCCGACCUCGGCUGCCUCACCUUCAGCAUCAGCUGGUUCUGGUUCCGCCUCUACUGGUUCCCCCUCAAAGUCCUCUACGCCACCUGCCACACCAGCCUGCAGUCUGUGCCCAACAUCCCCUUCUACUUCUUCUUCAACGCCCUGCUCUUCGCCCUCACCCUCAUGAACGUCUAUUGGUUCCUGUACAUCGUCCUGUUCGUGGCCAAGGUGCUGACAGGGCAGAUGCAGGAGGUGAACGACGUGCGUGAGUACGACCUGGAGGAGAGCGAGAAAACCACAGGGCCCCGGAAAGUGGGCGAACUCCAGCUGCCCAAAUCCUGGAAAGAAGGGAAACACCUGAAGAACGGGCUGAUAAAGGACAAACGGUUAUAAGGGAACCGCUGUUGACUGGGCAGCCUCUGGGGACUGACCCGGGGCCCUCCACAAACCCAGUGAAGGAGAGAGCCCUGUGGAGAAGGCGUGCAAGACCCCAACCCCCCUCAACCUCUGCCUGGAGCUGGGGAGCAGCUGGCAGCUGACGGAAACAGUCCACUCCUCUCGGCUCAGCUCUGGCCAGGCUCCAGUUGAUCCUGACGUGGUUUCUGGAGCCAGUUUGCACUGGGCACCCUGCAGGCUGUUGGACGGGUCGGCUGAGAUGGGGGGUGGUUUUCCUAGCAAGGUCCAGGUCAGAUAUGGAACUUGCUUUCGGUUACCUGGGAUCUCCCGUGCCACCCCCACCCCUUCGCCAUCCUCCCUCUCUGUGAUUUCCCCAGACCUGGCAAGUUGUGGGAUCCCAGGCAGCUCUUGUCUCUGGAGCACUGACUGACGCUGUGGAGCGGGUGAGGGGCUCGAAGCAGGGAGGCAAACGCCCGUGCCCCUUCGGCACCAGUGUCCCAACUGUUUGUAGCUUGCAAACAGGGAAUGGCGACAUACCGUUAGGGAGACGUGUUGUGCUGCUUUGAGCCCUGCUGUAAGUGCAUCCGGGGGUUACUCCACAGAGCAACCCAAGCCCCUGCCUGGAACCCACCCGUGCCAGAGCCUGGAGGAUUCUCCCAGGAGGUGCAGCGGGCAGCAGCCUCCUGAGGCUGAUCAGACAGGCCUGCCGUCCGGCCGCUGCUCCUUUAACCCCUUAGGAGGCCAGUGCCUGGGAUCGGAGAGAUAAGGGACAGCUGCUCCCUCUAGGGUCUCCUGCCUUGAUGAAUCCUCUGGCCUGAGAAACCUUCUCUGGCUAAAACAAAGGACUCACUGAAGCCCUGAGUGAUGCGGUUUUCCAGGCCGUGCCAGUUCUGAGCUUUGCAUCCUGCAGGCUGGGCUGCGCUGCGUGCGUUUCCGCUCAGUGGGAAAGAAACCCUGUGGAAUUUUGCACACAUCCCUCCCCCUGGAUCUGGACUCAUCCCAUCGCAAUACUACGGCAGUGUCGGCCCUGUGCCCACUGCCUGCUCCUCUCUGAGGGACCUAACUCCAAGCCAGGGGGACAAUAGGACACUGAUGGGAAUUGCAGCUGGCCUGCCAAGGGUUAAUCCAAACUGGCAGGGGGUGAGGGGCUGCUUGUUUUUCCUGUCCCUUGCUUAGAUGCAAACCCCAGAUAUUAUGCUGCAUAAGCCACAAAGAGACUCCCUGGAAAGCAUCUGAGACUGGGAGGUAACAUAAAAACAUGACCCAGGUUGUUAGAAAUCCCCCAGUUCUGGCUGGGUCUGCCAGUCUCCCCCCAGCCAGCCGAACUAGACAGGACAGGAAAUUAAACAUCCCACCCACUGUGUGCUUCUGUUCCCUGACUUUCAGACUAGGUUUUGCAUGGGGUUCAAUGGGGAAACAAAUACUGUAGGGCCUGAUCCUGCUCUCAUUCCUUGUGGUGUAAAUCAGGAGUGACUCCACAGACAUCAGGGGACUGCAGAUGGUGUCUAACCAGCAGGAGUGUUAAAUUUGGUAACUUGUAGUUCAAGCAGGGCCUGUGCUUUAAAAGCAGCUGGCUGCUCUAGGGCCCGUUAGCAGCUGCAGCUGUGCGAGCAGGCAGGUUCAGCGAGGAGAGGCAGGGUUGAAUACUGACGCGUGGCUGACCCAAAUGCUGGGGCAGGCCUGGGCGUCGUGCGGCCGUUGCUGCAGGGUUCUCUGGCAGGUUUCCUAGGGAUCUGUGUCCUGCUCUGGACAGAUGAGUUGAAGAGUCAGGACAGAGCCAGCUGCAGCAGGACCACUUGUGUGCUGGUUAACUGGCCCGACUCUCUUGGGGAUUGAAGGGCCAGUCCACCCUGGCCCUGCACCGUGCAGCGGCAGUUACACCUGUGCAAGAGUGGCUGCUGGAUCAGAACCGUCCCCUUGCCACCAGCAUGCCCACUUUGCACAGGGGUGAUCGCGGGACCGGGCAGGGCAGGGCCAGGAUGGGGCGUUGAGUCUGCAGCCAGCUUAAAUGUUUAGUCUGGUUAAACAAUAGACCCACUGAUGCAGAUGCAGCCAAAGCUCAGCCCAGGAACUGCAGCCCCCAGCUUGCAACGCUCUGUUCCUGAGGGGCCAGGCGUGGGCUCGGUGGGAUGCAGCAAGCGAUGGGCUGCUCCCUGCAUUGCAGCUGGAUGGCUUAUUUUCCUUUUAUAAUUUAAUUCCCGCACUCCACUGAUUAGCUCCAGUCACAGGGUGCUCCAGGGCCUGGCCAGGGCAGGGCUGGCACGGGAUGAGCAGGCUUUGUUGUAGAUACCGGGUAUGUCUUUCGCUCGGCAGGGAACCAGUUGACAAGGUUGGUGUGGAAGUUAACAGCCCAUCAGGUUGGAUGGCAGGGCUGGGGGAGCGACAGACAGUCAGGAGGUGCCAUUGGUGGGGGAUGGGGAUGUGGGACCCUGAUCACUGCAGAAUUGUGGAUCUCAAGGGAGGAAACUUCACACAUGGCCGUCUCCUUCCCCAAGGCACCAAGCCGACACCCAGACAGGCUGGGUGCCUUACAAGUGUGGCAGGAGAAUGGCCUCAUUCCUGUCUCCAGGGAGGGUUUGAUGGUGGGCAAUGCAGGGAGGAGAUGGGGUGGGGGGCUUUGUGUGCUGAUGCCCAGGAAAGGCCAGUCUGGAAGCCCCCAGUGCAGGCUACGUGGGACAGCGCAACCCGCCUGCCCUGGUUUAGUGGUGAUGCCAGAGCACAGCUCUGGCCUAGCUAGGGUCUGGCCAUUGCCCCUGUGAGCACCUGGCCAGCUGGCUCCUAUGCAGCCCCCUCCCACUCUCCGUCCGCCUGCCACAUGCAGCGGCCACGGUCCCCCCAUCUCUCUCCUGCUGUGGGCUGCUGUCUUCUCAGCGGGGUGCACUGGAAAGGCCCGGGGAUGCUCGGUGGGCUACAGCCAGCAUAAGGCCUCAAGGUGGCUUUACGCUGCAGCCGGAGAUGCAAAAACCCUCCAUCGCCCCCCCCCCCCACGUC